AUGGCUAAGAAUUCACAAUUAUUUGAUUUUAGUAAUUAUCCUAAGACUCAUCCUCUAUACAAUGUGGAAAAUAAAGCAGCCAUAGGUCUAAGAGCCAAGAUGUACGCAUUUGAGAUCGAGAAUAGACAAAUUACUAAAAAGGCUAAGGGUAUACCGAAAAAUGUAGUAAAAGAGGAAUUAUCUAUAGAUAUACUUAGAGUAGAAAAUCAUAAUAUAUAUCUAACAAAAUCUACAAAAAAAGUUCUAUGUCCACUUGAUACAAAGAAAUGGAUCUUAGAUGACAGAAUUAAUAGCUAUGCUUAUGGCCAUUACAAGAUCCAGGAUCCAAAUGACAAUGUAGAAGAAAUCAAGUAUAGUGAUGAGGAAUUAUGCAAUUUCUUGGAGUUAAUACUAACUUAA